AUGGCCAAGUCCAAGAACCACACUGCAGACAACCAGUCCCAAAAACAGCACAGAAAUGGCAUCAAAAAAAAAAACAAAUUCUGAUCGCAAAGAUAUGAAUCUCUUUAGGGGGUGGACCCUAAGUUCCUGAGGAACAUGCGCUUUGCCAAGAAGCACAACAAAAAGAGCCUGAAGAAGAUGCAGGCCAACAAUGCCAAGGCCAUGGGUGCACGUGCCGAGGCUAUCAAGGCCCUGGCAAAGCCCGAGGAGGCUAAGCCCAAGAUCCCAAAGGGCAUCAGCCACAAGCUUGAUCGACCUGCCUGCAUCACCCACUCCAAGCUUGGGAAGCUCCAUCGUGCUGGCACUGCCAAGCGUCUCAGCCUCUGUCGGCCAAAGGCCAAGGCCAAGGAUCAAACCAAGGCUUGGGGUCCAGCUUCACUUCCAGCUCAGGCUCCCGAAGGCACCCAGGCCCUGACAAAGGCUUCACAGUAG